CAUCGCUUUAGAAUCACUGUUCAUGAACAUCGGGUAGAACAUGUUGCAAUAAUGCCUUACAAAUGGGAGCCACGAAAAGAGCAUGUAUUGGCAGAAGCAAUUCGGUGCAGGCAACUACAACUGUAGGAAACCAUCAAGAAACACAGCAAAGCUUGCGAGUUUCGUCGGGUAAUCAGCAGCAAUUCAUUAACCAUCGUGCAAGAAGAUUACGCUCUUCUAGUCAAUCGACUUCUUCGUCAAGCUUGAACAGUAUAAACAAUAAUAGCAGUGGUAGCACCAUUGGAAGUUCUUCUUGUAACAACGCUACAAAUUGCACUGCAAGCACGAGCAGUAGCGUUAGCUCUAGUAAUAUUACAAGUACCAACAACAACACUACUACCUAUAACCAAAACAAUUGCAGUACAUUAAGACAACAACGCUAUCAUCAUAUUAAUACAAUUCGACCUAGUACUUCUAGUACGAAUCCAACGGCUGUCAACACGGGGGGUUUAAUAUCAAGGGUUUUCGAACAUAACAGCAGUAGCGGCAGCAGUAAUAACUCAUUGAACUGCAGCAACACCACAGUAAAUACUACUACUGUAACUAAUUUUACUGCAUCCAUAUCAACUGCAGGCGAUUCUGCAAACAGUGCUAUUUGUACUGAAGUAACAACAGUUGGUGGAGCCAUUCCAGGGGCAGGAAACCAUUUUCGUCGUGCAUCCCCUGGUGAUAAAAAAAUCCAUUCACAAAAUAAAAACGAUGAUAAAAUGGAUGAAAGAAAGCAACAACAAAAACCCCCCGUUAAAUCACAUCAGCAGUCGCGCGAUGCAACUCCAACAACUUGUAAAACGCGAAAUCGAAAGGAUGAAAGUGGAGGUUUGGCCAUCAGUGAAACGUCACCAAAGAAACGCAAUACUGUCCGAAGUCACGGGAUGAUCUCAAAAGUGUCCCCCGUGAUUGCGGACAAAGAAGAAAAUAUGGCGAUCGAGCAAAUUGAAGAAUCCAAAACAAUCAUCCAAACAACAAACAACGAGACGAGAGGAGAUAUAGAAAAACUGUGCGACUCACAGGAACAUGUAACACCUAUCGAGGGCGAUCGUACUGUAGAGAAUAGUAACCCAGUCAAAAUGACGGCAAAGCUUAACGAAAAAGAAACGAAAGAGUCUUUGACAGAAGGCUACGAGGAAAAUUCUAGCGCGGAAGCAAAAGAGACACGUCUUUCGCAAGUGGAAACUCAUGACUCUCAUACGUACAGUAAUAUAGAUGAGAAGGGAAUGAAAGCAAAUGAUAAAGAAGGAGCUCGUGGAAACGACGAAAAAGAAAUGGAUGUAAAGACACGCCUAAAAGAUACAGAGAAUAUGCAUAACGCAGAAGAAGGAAGCUCACGCGGAUUGGAUAAUUCAAAAAGUCGAACAAUUCUUCGAUUUGUGCGCAAAAGUCUUGAAAAUACGGCUAUGUCAGUAAUAUAUUCAAAAAACUUUAUCGAAAAUGAAACAAUCGAAACCGAAUAUCCACGAAAUCUGGACGAUAAUAUUGAAAUAUUAAGUCGUGAAGCAGAAAAUUUAGCUCUUCAAUUUAAGCCUUCCGAAGAAAAAUUGGUGCAGUAUGGCCCAAUCUUUGAUCUAGAAAAAUUUGAGGAGCAACGUAAGCAACAAAAAAAAGAGGACGACGAAGAUGAAGCUAUCGGAAUAUCUCCCUGUGGAAGGUUUCUAAAAUACGAUAAAGAGGUUGGUCGGGGAUCAUUCAAAACCGUUUAUCGUGGAUUAGAUACUCAAACCGGUGUAGCCGUAGCGUGGUGUGAAUUAUUGGAGAAAAAGGUUAAUCGUGUCGAACGAGCCAGAUUUCGAGAAGAAGCGGAAAUGCUUAAAAAACUACAACAUCCAAACAUCGUCAGAUUUUACAAUUACUGGGAGGCGGCACCAACGACUGGAAACAAGAAGAAAAAUAUUGUUCUCGUUACCGAGCUCAUGCUUUCCGGUACAUUAAAGUCGUAUUUGCGUCGAUUUAAAAAAAUUAAUCCAAAGGUGCUGAAGUCCUGGUGUCGGCAAAUUCUAAAGGGUUUGCAUUUCUUACAUUCACGCAUGCCGCCUAUCAUUCAUCGUGAUCUGAAAUGUGAUAAUAUAUUUAUAACCGGAACGACAGGGAGUGUCAAGAUAGGUGAUUUAGGAUUAGCCACACUGAAAAAUCGAAGCUUUGCCAAGUCGGUUAUUGGUACGCCGGAAUUCAUGGCACCUGAAAUGUACGAAGAACAUUACGACGAAGCCGUUGAUGUGUACGCUUUCGGAAUGUGUAUGUUGGAGAUGGCUACUUCAGAGUAUCCAUACAAUGAAUGUAAUACGCCAGCACAGAUUUAUAAAAAAGUAACAUCCGGCGUGAAACCACAAAGUCUGGAAAAAGUCGAGAAUCCCGAAGUGCGUGAGAUCAUUGAACGUUGCAUACACGAUAAAAAAGAAGGUCGGCCUACUUGUAAGGAAUUACUCAAUUGUGAAUUUUUUUGUGAAGAUAUUGGUAUUCGGUUGGAGCCCAUAUCGAAGGAUCUUUUCUUAACCAAUCCGGAUAAUGUGCGUAUGGAAUUUCGCCUGCGCAUUAUGGAUCCAAAGAAACGUGUUAAUAAACAUAAAGAAAAUGAAGCCAUUCAAUUUGACUUUGACAUCCGCGUGGAUGAUGCAGAAGAGAUAGCUAACGAAAUGUACAAGUCUGGCAUAUUGAUGGAAGACGAUUCUAAGACGGUUGCGAAGAUUCUCAAAGUUCAAAUUCAAACAUUGUUAAAAGAACGAGAGGAGAGAGCUCGGCAACAACAAGUUGAAAAAGACAAAGAAAUUCUCCAAAAACAAGCACUGAUUGCACAACAAUUGUUUCAACAACAGCAGCUACAACAGCAGUUAGAAAAUGAUCUCCAAGUAACCGAACUUCAAGUGCCGCAAAUAGCGCAACCGGUUCAACAACAACAGCAACAACUGGUUCAAUCGCAUCAAGGAUAUUAUCAAGCAUCAUCCCUUCCAGCGUCGCAAACUCAGCAAAUAAUUUAUCAACAACAGAUUUCUGUCCCAUUGGGCAAUGAGCAAUUGCAACAAACCUAUCAACAGCAUACAGUUGGGAGUCAGUUUGUUAUAGGACAAAAUAUUCCUCUACAACAACCAAUGUCACAAGUUAUGCAGCAACAGCAGCACCAGCAGUUCCUUAGUCAAAUUAUUACAAAUCAACCAACUCAGACUAAUCAUGCAUCAACACAACAAACUAACUUCAUACAACAGCAAAUCUUCGUGGAUUCACAACAACAACAGAACUUUCUUCUUCAGCUACAACAACAGCAAGCUUCACAUCAGAGUCAAUCUCAAGGAGGAAAUCUGCAGUAUAUGAACCAAAUUGGAGCACAACAGCAGUUGGUGCAGCAAAUAUUACAUCUGCAGCAAAAAAAUUUUGCUAUGAUGCAACAACAGCAACAACAGGCCGAACUACAGGAACAAAUUUCCACUCUUGAACAACAACUCCAGGGAAUCAUUCCUAUUCAUAGCCAGCCAGCACAGAAUAUUCAACAGCAACAACAUCCCCAGCAGCAAUUAAAACUACAGCAGCUGCAACAGCCACAACAACAACAACAACCUCCACAACAACCACAACAACAGCCACAACAACAAGUUCAACAACAGGCACAACAGCAAUCCCAACAACAGACACAGCAGCAGUCCCAACAACAGACACAGCAGCAGUCCCAACAACAGACACAACAGCAGCCCCAACAACAGACAAAUCAGCAAACGCCGCAACAACCACAGCACCAUCAACAAAUGCAAUCGCAAAAUGUUUAUAUACAACAACAAUCUCAAAAACCUACCAAUAACGUUACACAUAAUCAACCAUUGCAUAUACAUACAAAUCAAAAUAUUUACAUGGCUCAACACUUAUGCGAUACUUCAGCGCAGUUACACCACUCCAUGCCAAAUCAAAUUGCAGCAUCGCAAGCUCCACCACAACCGAGUUCUUCUACCACCAAUUUGGUACAUCAUCAAGUAGCUUCGCAACAACAAUUUGUAAAACAACAAUCACCAUCUUUAAUAAAUCAGCAACAGCCACAGCAGUCCCAAAUCGCUCAGGCGCUUCCAUCGCAUAAUGCUCUAAUGGCGCAGCAACCCUCCCCAGUCGCAGUGCAGCAAACGAUUUCUCAACUAGUUUCUCAAGGAUCUUCUCAGCAAGAAAAUGAUGGCUCAUUGACUUCGAGUACAGUUCCAGUUUCAUCGAAUGAAAACAAUUCACACCUGCAACAGCAAUUACAGUACAACCAGCAACAACAAGAACAGCAACAGUUCUUACAACAACCUUUAAUGCAACAACAGAACUUUCAGCAGCAACAAGUUGCUCAUCAAAUGACCCUUAAUUCACAAGAAGCCACAUUUCUGCAUCAAGCCGGAGCAUUAGCAUCAAAUUAUAAUGGUAGCGGAAAUCUCGUGGGGCAGAAAGGUUCUAAUAUCGUUAAUCCUGCAACAUCCUCUGCUGGAAACCUGCCUACAGCGACUGUUAUGCUAGAUCAGAAUAUAUCGACAGCUGCUCCUUCAUCACAGGCUGCGCUACCAAAAAGAUUGACAAGUGAAAUGAAAAAACGCCGCAAUCAUCGUUCUACAGAACGAAAUCCGAAAUUGCAUGUACUCGGAUACGAAAAUAAUAUCAUUGAAUGCGAGAUGGAAAAUCGACCAAAAACUAUUAAAUUUAAGUUUGAUCCAAGCAACGUUAACCCGGUAGAGGUGGCCCAAGAUCUAGUGAAACAAGAUCUUCUAAGUGAAUCACAGACAACUAUAUUCAUCGAAAUGGUUCGCGAUAUUCAACGACAACUGAAAGAAAAUCCAAACCAACUGCCGAUUGCAUCGCAAUGCUAUCGUCGGUCGAUGGAAAAGGUGCGCCAUGCGUCUCUAACACGACAGCGUUCGAAUUUUAAAACACAUCAGAGGCAUAGAUCCCGCGAUGAAACGUCGACUACUGCAGCAAAUUUUACACACAUUUUCGAUCCUACAAUCAUUGAUCGCCAAGCUCUUGGAACAGGAAUAUCAAGUACAACUACAUCUUCGACAUCGUCUUCGCCACUGUCUCAACAACAACUUAUCGCAUCCUUUGUUUCAUCACAAACGAACGGUGAAGUGACUUCCCUGGAAAAACCACAGCCAAGUGAUGGUAACAGUACCGAAAAUACUUCCAUUGCAUCUGCACUGCAGGACCAAGAGCAAAAAAAUGAGAUGAUCUGCAACAGUGACGAUACCCAUCAAACGUCUGUUACUACUGUAUGCAUGAUAACUGACGAAAGUGUAAAUGAUAAUAACAGCAGUUGCGAUGAAAACUCGCGUAAAGCAAGUACUGUUAGUACAGAUUAUACAUCACAUGAGAACACACCAGAGAACACAAUUACUUCUGCAAGCAAUUUUGACAUUCUACAGUCUCGUUCAAGUUUUGGCGAACACGACAAUAUGAGCACAGUAUCAUGUUCAGACGACCGUCAAUUUAUGGCUACAGUGGUUGCUAAUGAAGCAACUUUUGUAUCGGAAGAAAUCGAAACCAAUACAACAAUAGUUAAACAGAUCGAACAACCACAACAGAGUGUUUCCACUUCUGAGUCAUCCAACAUAGCAGUGGCAGAUAAUUCAGUUAAAGGUGCUUUACUUUCCACAGCUAUUAGCAACCUUUCCGUGAUGGAAUCUUCUAGUCAAAAUGUAUGUCAGAUUUCGGCAUCUCAUGUAAAUAAUUCCGAAAAUAUUAGGACAAAUGAAUCGAUGCAAGUUGGUGAAGAAACAGUGCUUCUAAUUGAUGAAAGUAAGGUUGAUUCGCCUUCUAACGAACUAUCAAAAACACCAAUUGCGACCCCCCAGCUGAAGGAACGAAAGCUUUCUCGUUUUUCUGUUACUCCCGUGGUUUUACCGGAUGUUGUGGAUGUAAACGAGCCUCAGAUCGAGAAAAAAACAGUGGUGGACUGGUCUAAGCCUAUGCUGCCUGACGCUGGAAUAGAAGUCCAAACUGAUUUUGUGGAUCCUUUUGCAGAACCCAUCCUUCCACAACAAACUUCGGAUUACGUACCUCGUCAGUCUGCUUUGAUGGAAUCUGCACCAACUCAACAGCUGUUAAAUACGGAAUCAACAAAUCUAAUGCUCCCAAAUACGUUUAACGAUGGCAUGCAACAGCAACAAGAAAUGUACUUUCAACAGCAAUCACUGGACAUGGCAAACCAACAACAACAGUCUUAUGCAAUAACACAACAACUAACGAACAGUUUCGAAGCACCUACGGUUCUGCAACAACAAAUACAGCAACAAGUGCAAUACCAGAUACAACAGCAGCAACAGUUACAACAACUAUCGAUUCAACAAGCUAUCCUUCAACAGCAACAGAUACAGUAUCAGCAACAACAAGGAAAUAGCUUGUUGGUAAACGAAAGUAAUCUCACAGAAUGUGAUCAACAACAGCUACAUCAAUUACAGUUUCAACAGCAACAUCAAUAUCAUCAACAACUGCAGCAGCAAGUUGUAUUUCAGAUGCAGCAACAGCAACAGCAAAUGAUACAGCAGCAACAAAUGCAACAAAAUCAGCAAAUGAGGCCAGUAGAACCGAACAGUUUAAUAACUGCCCAACUUUCUCUUGAUCAAGGGUCUCGUGAAUCAAUGGCUAAUAGUAAUCGGAUGCCAGAAACGUUGGAGCAGCUCAAAAUAGGCUUAGAGAACAUAACACACGUUCAUGUGAACACAAAUAAAUCAGGCGCGUCCACAAGUCUUUCAUCACAGGCCAGUGCUACUGCAUUGUCAGCGAUGAUUUCCCCUCAUCCAGCUCCGUAUCCUUCCGAACCGUUAUUAUCACAGCAAUCGCAACAACUUCAAUCGCAGCCGGUGGUUUUUUACCAAUCGCAAGAAUAUGUAUCGGAUGGAAAUGGUGCGUCAUCGAAUGAAAUACAUGAGACUGUCACAAAAGAAGGCACAGUUCCUACAACUCAAGAAUAUAUAGUUGAAGGAACAAGUUACGCGGCAGUUGUGGCUGGCGAAUUUACAUCACAGUCAACGCAGCAACAAUCCAGUUCAGUGCAAGAUGCAUCCAACAUCGGAUUACAGGAACAACCGCAGCAACAUGCAACAAGGCAAACAUCUGCGGAGCUUAACAAUGUGUCUAUAGUGGAAUCAGACUCAUCGCAACCGUGUGCUUCGCAGCAAUCGGUUCGGGAAUCUAGUAUCAACAUUGAUGAUAAUCGGGAAAAACAACUAGCCAGUCAAGGGAAUGUUGAUCGCAUCGACAGCGUAAUAGAACUGCAGCUGAAUUUACCAAGCGCGACUGUUGGAUCGGAAUCGUCUAUACCAGUAUCUGCAUGUGGAUCAUCGGAUCACUCAGCAUUGUUGCAACAUAAUCAAUCAGUUCUUAAAAGCCCAUGUGGUGAGAUAAGUGGAGAAAUAAAGAGUCCAAAUGAACAAAAAACAUUAGUACGCAAAGUGUCGCGGUUCCACAUUCAGCCCGUUCUGGAAUCACCACAAGCCAUUGAGUUGCAACCACAGACAAUUAAUAUUCAGCUCAAACCAGUCGUGACGAAGCUUGUUGAUACUCAGACAAACACGGCUUUCUCUUCACCAACGGAUGAAAAAUAUUGUCAAACCUUUCCAUCCCAAUAUCAACAAAACCAACAGAUGGCACCAAUUAUGUGUGAAGUUCCAACCACAAAUGAUCUGGAGGCGAAAUUGAAUCAAAUGCUUCCAAAAACUCCAAAUUUAGAAUCAUCAACAUCGUGUUCUCUCAACAUGACAUCGCAAGGAAAGAUUCAACAAAUAAGCUUACCAUCAUCUUCCUUAAAACCGUCGCAAGUUGCGGCAUCUGCGGCUAAUGCAACAUUCACAAAGCAUAUACAACAGCAUCAGCAGCAUUCUUCACAAUCAAUACAAUCACAACCACAAAUGAACGCUCCAGCUGCAAUAUCCUCCAAUCCCAACAAUAACGUACAGACAACUUUGAUGGAUAGCUCCAACUAUUCUAUCGGUACUCAACCCUCUCAAUCACUUGCAGUAGUCCCACAAAUUCCAUUGGAAUCAAAUUUCAACAAUUCGGAUAUUGGACAUAAUUUGAUCGCCAUUCAAAAUCUCCUAUGUGGAAUGCAGUUAAUGCCAAGCGCUCGACAACAACUACAUUUGUUACUCCAACGGCAGCAAAUAGAACACGAGGAACUGAAAUUGCGACACUUUCUUGAAUUGGAAAAAUUUCUAAAGCAGCAAAAAGAGGAAAUGAAAUUUCCUUCCGGUAUUGUUGCAUCAUCUGGACCCCAUGCAAAUCAAACGCAGCAAAUUAUUCCCAGUCAGUCUUCUUCUCAAUCGGUCGCUUCGACAUCAGUUUCUGCCAUCGAUGUGAUGUCGGAUUCGCCUCCUUUGGCUGCAGUGAACCAGGUCGGAUAUUAUGAGGUUAGCAGUACAGAAAAUAUGUCCUUGACGACAACAUCGUCUUAUAGCGCAGGCUGUAACACAGACAACGGGGCUGGCAGUGCCACGGAUAUAGAGCUGGAGUUAGAAUCAAUUAAUGCGACUGCUUCCAAUAGUGUAGAUGCUAUUAAGACCAUGUUACAGCAGCAGCAGCAGUUCCAAAAUCAGCUACCAAAUCAACAGUAUCAACAGUAGCAAACAUAAUACAGGAG